AUGCUGCGCUAUACACAGGAGCAAGCUGCCAAUUCCUUGUCGAAAAUCCAGACUCUUGCAUACCACGAGUUCGUCAAUCUCUUUGGACUUCUCAAAGUCAAGUGCGUCUCUGCUGGCUAUGAAAUUGGAAGUUGUAAUUGGAUUUUAAAAACGGAUUCUGAAAAACUGGCCUAUAUUUCGCGCUCUUCUCUGUACCCAUCAUUCGCUAUGCCCAUGGACUUUUCGGAGUUCGCAGAUGUUGAUGUUAUCAUUUUGGGCUCUGUUAACACAUCAAAAUCUCUUCCAAUUGAAAAGGCCAUUGAAAAAUUCAAAACUGUUACAGCACAGACACUGGGUCGCGGUGGUCACGCCCUAGUGCCAACUCUCCCCUCGGGUCUGAUCUACUACCUUCUUGAAAAUGUGGCCGCAGCCAAGGAAGAAUUCAGUGGCAAUCUCAAUCCCGCUUUCAAUGCGCCCUCGUCGUCGUCGGCCACAUCGACAGGACCGAAUAACGAAAAUGAGGCGCCUAAAGGUGGUGUUUCGUUGAUGGGAAAAGUGGCCAAGUGUCCGUGCCUGUUCAUCUCGUCCCAAGCCAAGGCCAGUCUUGCGUAUGCCAACGCUUCUGGUGAAUGGCUGGCUCCAGACCGGGAAUCUGCUCUCUACGCUGCCGACUCGCCAUUCGCCUUCAACUCUUGGAUUCGUAACGGGCACUUGGCCACACUGCCGUCGCUCCACUCAACACCAGGACAGCAGGGUGGCGACGUGGAGGGUGGGCUGUGGCCUCCCUUCCCAGCCGUCUUCCUCACCGGCCACCCAAGCUGUCGCCUCGGUGCUGCCGUCCACCUCAUUCGAGCACUCUCCCUCGGUGGCAGUGUCAAUCAAAAAAAGCACUCGUCCAACGCUCUCAUACUCGUCCAGUCGGAUGAAUUCCUGCCUAGCGUUGAAUGGAGUCCCGUUGAACAGCUUUCCUACACCAUCGAGCCAUUCAAGCCCUCGCUCAAAAAAGAAAACUCCGGCGACAGCGAGGAGGAGGCAUCGAGCAUGCCCGUGACCUCCGUAGGGCCUGAGCUGACGGCGUAUUGGCUUCCCCUGCGAUUCGACAUCUCCUUGGAUCAGCUACCGACUCUGUUUGAGAAGUGCGGCAUGCCGAAACAGGCUCUUAUUUUGCCUCAAGAGGUGACGAAUCCUGAAGCUAUUCUUCCCGUUAAAAAGACUGCCGACGUGUCGGUCUACCAAAUCGCAUUCGAGCAGUGUCUGGACGUGCAGUUGAAGGAGGCCGCACUGCUUCCAGUUCAUGUGGAUCCGGACUUCCUCGUUCACUCGGCGUUCCCCCUCACCUUGGGGAAGCCGCUGGCAUCGAAGGACCCCCGUCGUAACCGCGAUCAACGCGACAGCCCCCAGCCCGUGCAGUCGCACGUGGCACUCAUCGACGGUCGACUCUGUUUCCGCGAUGGCAAGUACCGGCUGGAGAGCCUGGACGGCGACGCCCUGAAGCGCGGCAGUGAGAAAACGUCUGUGGGGAGGUCCACCUCGCCCACGCCCUCCCCCAAACCCCCAGGCAGCCCGCAGUCGGGAGAAAAAUCGAAGGUGGUGGUGGGUGGUGCCCACAUGUUAAUCGCCAAGUCUCCAAUCAACGCGGGUCAGCUGGUGAAACAGCUGACCGAGUCCGGGGUCACUGGUGCUCAGGUGAUCACUGAACCCAAGGUGCUGGCAAACUUCCUCGCCACGCAGCUAACCCCCCACCUGCCGGUCCUGUCUCGGCUUCAGCCCGACCCCGCCAAAUGCGCGUUGGUUGUGUUUCCCAACUCGACCACUACAAUCCUACUGACGGAGAACGCGAGCCACGUCUGCUGCCAGGAUGAGGGCACUCGUCAGGCCAUACGGCAAUCUCUCAUGGCGAGCACCGAAAUGAUCGCCGUCCCACCGUCUUCUGCGCUGACCACCGGGGUGUUCUAG